CUGCCAUUUACUGUUUACCUCGGACCAAAACAGUGCAUCUUGUUGCGUAGUUUUGAAAACGUAUAACAUACAGUUGUUGAAUACCAGAACACCUUGUUUUAGCAACUAAAUAGAAAUAAUUAUAUUUCGACAGUGUAAUGUCUUGUAAGAGGAAUUGCGCAUUUGCGUAGAGAACUGUGCUGGAAAUGCAACAAUCAAUGUAGUAUUUCACAACCACUCGCCAGAUUAGUUGUUGUUAUUGUAGGUGCAUGCGUCGCGUACAUUCAAUGUUCAAUUUUUACUCAAAGUCAGCAAUUUUCCUUUAGUUCAGUACAAAGAUUGACGGAAGGGUUGGCCGAGAUGAGCAGCGUGUGGUACCUGGAACAUGUGACCACUGGCGCCCGGCUCAUUCUGCACAAUGGGACUAAUUUGGUGGGUCGCCACUCGCGAUGCAGGAUAAUCUUGGGAGGACAGUACCAAUUUGUGUCCCGGGAGCACGCUAAUAUCAUCGUCAGCGAAAAGGGCGUUGAAGUGGAGUCUCUGAAGCCCCUGAAUGGGCUCUUCAUCAAUGGAGGAUUUUUGGGCGACAAGAUCAACCGUUUGGCAGUAGCAGAGGGGUCAACAAUCAGCCUGGGGGUAGCGGAAGCCAACCUCAUUGAAAUUACAGGCGUUCAUGCUAUAUUCACCCUAAAGAAAAAGCCGGCAGUCGAAGAAAUCGUUCUGUCCUCCGACGAUGACGAUACAACACCACUGCCCGCCGUGCGAUGCCCCAGUGGCAAUCAGCCCACCGAGUUCAAUCUCAAACAGCAAAUACCAAACUUUGCCGUCAAGAAGCACACCGACCAGGAGGAGGAAAAGCCUUCUUGUUCAAGUUUGCAUCUACCAAAACUAACAGAAGUUAAGGAGGAGAUCGUAAAGCAUACCUCAGCAGAGAUACAAAACAUUUUUGGGGAAGCAAACGAUGCUAUUCUCGACUCAGUAUUGGGGCUAAAUCCAUAUUUGUACAACAAGCUGUGCAACAAGACUGCGAGCAAUGCUAAAACCCACAAAAAAAUACACGACGGCGACUGUAUAGAACUGGACACAGAUGGGGAUAAGAGGAGCAUUUCGGAGCCACAAGAAACCGGUGACCAUGCACAGCCGGAUAUGCACUUAGAUAAGGGUAACCCUCCGGCGGCGCAAGAAGAAGACGAGGAGGAAGAGUAUGAUGAGAGUUUCGCCAUGUCUCAGGCAGUGAUCAGAGAAAUGAAAGCUGAAAUGGCCGUAAGCGAUGGCGAAGAGGACUUCUUCUUGCAGACCAAUGCCCUGGGGAACAUGGCUGAAGGUUCGCUAUCGAACCAAGGUUACGACGACAUCGUGUACAUAAGCGAUUCCGAUGAUGAAGAGCUGUAUGAUAAGGUGGCGGAUUGGUCAAAGCUGCUCAGCCAAAAGGUGGUACCUGACGACAUCGAAAUGUCGCAAACUUAUCCGGCAGAGAAUGAAGACGAAGAUGCAGACUCGGACCUAGACAUUGGAGCAAAACACGCAGAGAGGGCAAUGCGCAUCUCGUUCUCCAGUGACGACGAGACGGCCAAAACAAGAUCUCAAAACGAUUAUGUUGUGCGCCAGGCCGACAGCACGACUCCGGAUCCUCCAGCGGUUCGAAAAUUAUCAGCUCUAUUAAAAAACGAUAAAACUACCGACAGUGUCAGCUCUACCGCCGAUGUUGAGAAGCAAAAUAAAGCUAAUGAGGCUGUAAAUUACAAUAAAGAGGUCAAAUUAAACUCUAAACUUAAGUCCUGCUUGAAGACCACGACCAAGCUACCAGUGGAUGAUAAGAAAAAGUUGGCAGAAACCAAAAAUCAAACAGUUGCAUCCCGAAAUGAACUCACAGAUGUCAGCGCGCAAAACAUAGAGACUAACAAGGCUUGUGCCCGUAAGAGACUCGUGUCGGCCACUUCUCGGGAUGAGUUAGCUACCACUUCAAAAGAACUCAAAGAUGCUCUUAAGAACAAGGUGGAACCACCUAAAAAACUGUUGCGCAGCCGUUCAAAAUCCUGUUAUAUGGAUCGGCCUGCGGAAUUGGAUGAAAUGCUACUUAAGAAGAACAAGGAAAGCGUUAAUAAUUAUCUUGAAGAACUGAUAGUAACACUAGAGGCUCCGGAAAAGUUGGAGACAUCUACUAAAUCUAAAACCAAAAGUGCGGAUAGAAAAACAAAGCCGAUUCGCGGCAAACGCAAGACAAUACACAGCCGGGAAGAAAUAGCAGCUGAGGCUGAGGAAAAUAAACAGACUUUGCAAAAAACAGAUUUUUCAAAACAGACCAUGGAUGAAAACCCUAUUCCAGCUAAAAGUCCUCUUAAAAGGAGUCCACGGCUGCUCAACCGGUCCAAAUCCUGUUACACGGAUCGUUCUGUGGUCACGGAAGCCGACGAUCCUGCCAAGGGGAUCAAGGGUAUUUCUCCCAUUGCUAAAAGCGACACUAAUGAAAGAGUUCAAAACUCCAAUGAGGCGAGACUCACACGCGGCCCAUCUGUGAUUGAGGCACCAUCCUUGCCAAAGAAUCGCGGCAAGCUUCGAGGGAUCUCGGCAGAGGUGAAAAGAAAAGAUAAGGUGAUAGAUCGCCAGCGGGCCAUUGACAAUCAAGCUGAAAUGAACGCUAAGUGGAAGCAAAAACCCAAAGACAAGAAAAAAGAAGACGAAAAGCUAAAAGAGUCCCGCCGCGAAGCCCUCAAGAAGCUGUCUGACAAGACAAAGGAAAAUAAUGAUAGAUCAAGCACCAAUAAGAGAAAGCAUCCCACAAGUGUUCCAACCGUUCAGAACACCAAUCGUGGCGGUUUUCUAACCAAAGGAGUGGAUGGCCCAGCCCCAAAACUGGCAAAGGCAGAUAACGCUAGGCCACCGGCAAAGAAACCAGUGCCUAAACAACCACCCACUACCGAAACAUUCUCACAGCAGCUCCAAGCAGGUGAUGAAGCUAUUCUUUGUCCGCAACCACAUUGCUCUCGUCCAGUGGAACGUAAGGCAGCGGAGCGGGCGAGGAAUCAGCGCACCUGCAACAAACUUACCUUCGCCGAAAUGGAGCUUUACCAUCAAAAAGCCGAAGACUUAAAGAAGAUGCAAAAGAAGCUCCGUAAAGUGCACUUCAACGAUGAUGUCAAAAUACACUUAAUCGAAAGAGUCAAGGGAGCCAGCUCUCAGGUACAGGGACGCAAGGAGUGCAUAAAGCUCUACCUCAGCUCCUACCACGAUCGCCGCGAAUGGAUUCGAAAAAAAAAUAAACCGGUGAACGACAUACGCCAGCACUCGCGGAGUAUCCUAAAGUGGGCGAACCAAUGGCUAAAGCAUGGCACCGCAGAUGCAGUUGCGGAUCGAGAAGUCCUAAUGCCAAUUCCACCGGAUUUUGAUAGUUUCAAGAACUAUAGAGAGAUAUUUGUGCCCUUGAUGAAACUGGAGCUGCUUUCCACCAUCGAAAGAGACUACAAAAUUAACAACAGAUACACUUUUUCGGUAAGCUUAAAACACGUUUAUAUGCAGGAUGAUUGCUAUCGCUUAAUUACCAGAGUCAAUAGCAAACCCAAUGGAAAAUUCGUCCUUUAUACCCUCUACAGUUAUGGCGUACUAGAAGAAACAUUUGCCAAUCUAAUGGAGCUUAAGAGUGUCUCAUGCAACGUUUUCGACUUGACAUUUGAGAUCCUGAAACAAGAUUUAUCCGAGGAGACGAUAAAUAGAGUUAAGCAAUUGACUGCACGGCCAGUAGUAGACAGCUUACGGGUGGAGCUUGGGGCUCUGAGUGCCAUUCAUCAGCUCCCUAGCUCACCGCUCUGCCGGCGCAUCUUGAAGCCGACGCACACGGUCAAUGAGGUUUCACUGCCAAAGCAACCGUUUACUUACAAGGGGUUCCACAAGAUGAACGAACAUCAGGAGAACAUUGUCCUGCGCACCUACCAACGGAUCAUUGACGAUUUACAACCGAGUCUCACACUGAUCCAGGGUCCGCCCGGGACCGGAAAGUCAAAGGUUAUUUCCGAACUAUGUCUGCAGACUUUGUACGGAAAUGCCGCCAAAACGCUGGACCGCAAAAUCUUGAUUUGUGCUCAUUCCAAUACAGCCGUGGAUCAUAUUGUUGAGCUGCUUGGUAAAGUUUGGAGUGUGAUGAGCCGCGCCCAAUUCCAGUUACUGCGUUUCGGCAUGCACGAGAAGAUGAGCCCCUACUCGCGUCCGUUUUCGCUGGAGGAGCAUUUCAAAAAUGUCAGGGAUCGGAAGUUGCAACGCCUUAGCACGGAGAACGCUGAAAUCUUAAGAAAGCAGCAUAGUGAUCUUACGACUGAUAUUCAACAGCUGAAGCAGAAAGCGAAUCUUACAUCAACAUAUCUUUUGCAACAGUUGCACCAGAAGGAACGACAACUGCAGCUAAUAAGCGACCAACUGAAUCCGCCGUUGACGCAGCGCGAGGAAUUCGAGAUCUCUCAGACUUGUGUGGCCAGGGCCAACAUCAUCUGCACAACGCUUUCCUCCUGUGUAAAAUUGGCAAAUUAUGUGGACUUCUUUGACAUUUGCAUCAUCGACGAGGCCACACAGUGCACAGAGCCGUGGACUCUAUUGCCAAUGCGAUUCGGAUUAUCGCAUUUGGUUUUGGUUGGCGACACGCAGCAACUUCCGGCUGUGGUGCUGUCCAAGAAAGCCAUAGAUUUCGGCCUUUGUAAUUCCAUGUUUGAUCGCAUUCAGCGAAGCCUUCAGACACAGCUCGAUAAGCCAGGCAGUAAUCAGUUAAUGCAUACAAAACUUUUUAAGCUCAGCAUGCAGUACCGCAUGCACCCGGAGAUCUGUCGAUGGCCCAACAAGUAUUUCUACGAGGACCAGUUGAUAAACGCCGAGUGUACUGCUCGUUUCGCCUCCGCGCUCAUUCCAUACUGUGUGAUUAAUUUAAAGUACACCCAAGACAACAGUUGCGCCCAAACAAAGAGUAUUAGCAAUGACGAGGAGGCUCGUUUUGUGGCCAAACUCCUUCAAGAAAUGGACAAACAUAUGCCCAGCAAGCGAUUUAGCUACGGAUUAAUUUCGCCGUACCAAAACCAAUGUUACGUUCUAAGCCAGCUGAUUCCCAAUCACAUGAAUAUCACUCCUCAGACUGUAGACUCGUAUCAAGGAUUGGAAAAGGAUGUAAUCAUAAUUUCAAAUGCCAGAACACGCGGCUGUGGCUUUCUCACAAACUAUCAGCGACUCAAUGUCGCACUGACCAGACCGCGUCGUUGCCUCGUCAUCUGUGGCAAUUUUGAAGACCUAAAGACUGUGGAAAUGUGGCGCAACCUUCUCGAUGAUGCUCGCAGUCGGAAAGUAUACUUCGAUAUAGAGCGCGCAGAUGUGGACGACCUACAGCGGUUCUUAAUCAAAAAGAUGAUGGUAAAUACCAUCCACUUGAUUUAGGGGGCACACCGCUCCUCUAUCUAUUGAAGAGAUUAAAAUUGAUUUUACGAUGUUAAAAAUAUCCCAAGUGCCAUGGAAGAAAAAAGCUUCCCAUAUUGUUUUGUUUUCAUUUUUUUUAUAUAUUUAACAUAGAGACUGUAAGAUUUAAUAUUGAAAUCUUUGUACACUUAGUUCUUUAAAUCGGCGACGAAUUGCAUUU